GAGUAGGACAGCAUAACUGUCCGACUCAUCCCUCCCAAAAGGAGGCGGCUGGGACGAUUCGUUCCUCUUUCUCUGGGACUCGACCCUCCGGUGGCCCUCUGGAAUCCUAACCCCGUACUGUUCCCCGACAGGGUUUUGCUUCACCAGUACCGCCAAACUCCCGGUCCUGUGCACCAAUGAAGUCCGACUUUUACGAUGCUUCCCCGAGAGUAAAUUUGGCAGGCCAUGACUGUUUCCGGGAGGACCCGAGAAGGCGAUGCUCACUUCCGGCGGAGGGGCUUUCCUGACCGGGGAUGGAGGCGGCGGCGGAGCUACUGUUGGAGGGGGAGAGCCUGCAGUUGGACCCCGAGCCGCGCCCGGACCCGGGCUCAGGAUGGAGCCCUUCUGCAGAAGGCCGUGCUCAGGGCCUCAAAGACCGUCCGGCCUGGCCGACCCGAGCCGUCCACGCUUUAAAGACCCUCCCCCAGGGUUUAGCCCUUGGCCCCUCACUCGUGGAGAAACAGCGCUUGGGGGUCUGGUGUGUCGGGAAGCCUCUGCAGCCAGGACUGCUCUGGGGGCCGCUGGGAGAGGAGGCUGCCUCGGAGCAGAAGGACGAGGGAGUGCAACCACUGCAGGAGCAGCCCCCUCAAACACAUGGGAGAAGGACUUUUAUUGGUUUAUUUCAGGACGUGUCACUAGGCCUAUGGGGAGACGUGUGUGCUUGUGAGCAGAGUUCAGGCUGGACCAGUUUGGUGCAGCGGGGCAGGCUGGAGGGUGAGGGAAACGUGACCCCGGUGUGGAUCAGCGAGAGGCUCCACCUGCAGGUGUACCGGGUCGUGCUGCCAGGCUUUGAGCUGCUACUGUGGCCCCGGUCUCCCUCUGAGCGCCUCAGCCCCACCCAGUCCAGGCUAGAGGAAGAGGCAGCCAUGGCUGUGGUGACAGAAGUGGAAUCUGCUGUACAGCAGGAAGAGGCCUCUCCUGGGAAGGAUGCAGGAGAACCUUGUACAGAUCUUGGGUACCAAUCACCCCCCAGCAUCCAGGCAGAGAGUAUGGCGAGCUUUGGACUUAAGCCCCAAACCCAGGACCAACUUUCCAAGGAGAGCCUAUCACUUGGCCCAUUGCCUCAGGAUGGGAGCAUGGACGAGGAGGACCCACCCCAGACACAGGUGCCAGCUGAACUUCAGAGCAGCUCCACUACCCAGCAAGGCCUAGAGAGCAGUGAGGCCACUUCCUCAUCUUCUGCCGGUGGCACCCAGCAGCAUGCUCACCUGGUCAAGAAGUUUCAUAGCCCCAGUGAUCAGUGUCCACCCGGAGCAAAGACCUCAGAGCCCAGGGCCCUGCAGAAUGGAGAGCAGCACUCCAGCUUCUCUGCACACUUGGGGAGCCCUCCUGUCCCAACGGGAAGCUCUCUGAAAAGGGGGCGACAGUACCGGUGUGGGGAAUGUGGCAAGACGUUCCUGCAACUGUGCCACCUGAAGAAGCAUGCAUUUAUACACACAGGCCACAAGCCCUUCCUUUGUACUGAGUGUGGCAAGAGCUAUAGCUCAGAGGAGAGCUUCAAAGCCCACAUGCUGGGCCACCGCGGGGUACGGCCCUUUCCCUGCCCACAGUGUGACAAGGCCUAUGGCACCCGGCGAGACCUCAAAGAGCACCAGGUGGUACAUUCAGGUGCCCGACCCUUUGCUUGUGACCAGUGUGGCAAGGCCUUCGCCCGCCGGCCUUCCCUGAGACUGCAUCAUAAGACCCACCAGGUGCCACCUGCCUCUGCCUCAUGCCCGUGCCCCAUAUGUGGUCGGCCCCUGGCCAACCAGGGCUCUCUGCGGAACCACAUGCGACUCCACACGGGGGAAAAGCCCUUCCUGUGCCCGCAUUGUGGCCGGGCGUUCCGCCAGCGGGGCAACCUACGCGGGCACUUGCGUCUGCACACAGGGGAGCGCCCUUAUCGCUGCCCACACUGUGCUGAUGCUUUCCCCCAGCUUCCUGAACUGAGGCGCCACCUCAUCUCCCACACCGGGGAGGCCCACUUGUGCCCCGUGUGUGGGAAGGCCCUCCGAGACCCACACACGCUGCGUGCUCAUGAGCGCCUGCACUCGGGAGAGAGGCCCUUCCCGUGCCCCCAGUGUGGCCGGGCGUACACACUGGCUACCAAACUGAGGCGCCACCUCAAAUCCCACCUGGCUGACAAGCCCUACCGCUGCCCCACCUGUGGCAUGGGCUACACCCUCCCCCAAAGCCUCAAGCGGCACCAGCUCAGUCACCAGCCCGGGGCAUCCUCCAGCCCACCCUCUGUGCCUCCGGCUGCUUCUGAGCCCACUGUAGUCUUAGUACAGACUGAGCCAGAAGUACUGGACACAUGCAGCGAACAGGAUGUCUCCCCAACCCGGCACGUCUUCGAGGUCACCAUUUCUGAGAGCCAGGAUAAGUGCUUUGUGGUGCCAGAGGAACCGGGCCCCGCCCCCAGCCUGCUGCUCAUCCAUAAGGACAUGGGCUUUAGCCCCUGGGCAGAAGUGGUGGAGGUGGAGACAGGCACCUGACACUCUCGUCUUUCCCUAGCAGAGCUCUACAUAAAGACUAUGUUUUCUAGGUG